UUGGAUUAUCUUCUGUGUUUUUCUCGCUAAAAGAACCAUUGAGAACAUCAUCCUGCCAUUGGGUCCUCUCAUUAGCACACUGGGCUAAGCGCUGGUUCCCCACAUCCAGCAUCUCGGAUUCAAUCCCCGAGAAAAGCCUGACAGAACGACCCGAUCAACAUGGACCCAGCAGGUAGUGCCCAACAGGGAUGCAAGAGGUUGGCGCAGACGUUGAAGAAGCUGCUUCAGCGCGAGCAGGUCUUGCUGCAGCUGCAGAAGGAUCUCGACCGCCAGCAGGAGGAUCUAGCUCGUCGCCAGCAACAACGGGACCAACCUCCCCCGUGGUUCCCACUCUAUGAUGGCAAUCCGGGUGGCUGCAGAGGUUUUCUCCUCAAAUUCGAUCUGGAGUGCAGCCGCCGGCCCAUCACCCUCUCCUCCGACCGCUCCAGAAUUGCCUACAUGAUAAUCUUGCUCUCAGGCAAGGCCUUGGCAUUGGCAACCGCUUUGUGGGAGAAGCAAGGUCCCGAGUGCUCCAGCCUCAGGGCUUUUCAGGCGGUGCUGUUGUGGGUCUACGACCGGGUUAGCAUGGACAGCUUCGAGGCCGCCAUUGCCUCUGCUCUGAAGAGAGAUGCUGCCCUUAACCCUGCUCUCCCGGUGACGGCUGCUGCCGUUCCUGAAGCCGCUAACAGUCCCAGUGCACCAAGCAGCCCGGAGGCCGCCAGUCCGGAUGCCGCAGUCUUAGAUGCUGCCAGCCCGGAGGCCGCCAGCCCGGAUGCCCCAGUUCCGGAAGCCAGCAGCCCGGAUGAGCCUGACAGCCUGAAUGCUGCCAGCCCGGAUGAACCAGGCAGCCCGGAUGCCGAAGCCCCAGAUGCCGCCAGCCUGAGUGAGCCAGGUAGGCCGGAGGCCGACAGCCCGGAUGAGCCAAGCAGCCUUGAGGUCGACAGCCCGAAUGCUGCCAGCCCAAGUGAACCAGGCAGCCCGGAUGCCGACGCCCCAGAUGCCGCCAGCCCGAGUGAGCCAGGUAGUCUGGAGGCCGACAGUCCGGAUGAGCCAGGCAGCCUUGAGCCUGACAGCCUGUAUGCUGCCAGCCCAAGUGAACCAGGCAGCCCGGAUGCCGACGCCCCAGAUGCCGCCAGCCCGAGUGAGCCAGGUAGUCUGGAGGCCGACAGUCCGGAUGAGCCAGGCAGCCUUGAGCCUGACAGCCUGUAUGCUCCCAGCCCUGGUGAACCAGGCAGCUCUGAUGCUGCCAGCCGCGGCGAACCAGGCAGCCCCGAUGCCUCCAGCCCCGGUGAACCAGGCAGCCCCGAUGCCUCCAACCCCGGUGAACCAGGCAGCCCCGAUGCUGCCAGCCGCGGCGAACCAGGCAGCCCCGAUGCCUCCAGCCCCGAUGCCUCCAGCCUCGGUGAACCAGGCAGCCCCGAUGCUGCUGCCGACCCGGACUCCGCUGCCGACCCGGACCCCGCAGCCCCGAUGCUGCUGCCGACCCGGACUCCGCUGCCGACCCGGACCCCAGCGCUCCUGUCCUCCUCCCAGGCAUCUGUGUUCCUGCCCCUGUUCCAGGCGUUCCUGCCCCAGGCGCUCCUGGUCCUGUCCCAGGUGUCCCUGUCUCCAGUGUCCUAG